AGUUUAUGAUGAUGUCUCAUGAGGAAUCAUAAGAUUUUUAUUUUCUCUUAGAUGGACUGAAACGCCAUGUAGGAUCACCUGCUCAAGUGUGUGGUAAGAAUGGUAACAAUCAUAAAUGUAUCUUUCUGCAUAUCCUUUCCUUCCAUCCUUCUCUUAAACAACUCUGUUCUCUCGCAGCAUAACAUGCAGUUCAACAUUUUGGAUUUUCUUGUUUGUUAAUAGAGGAAAUGAACCAGCUUUUUCAGUAUGACCUGCGCUUACGAGGAAAGCUGGUGUGUAUAACAGUCAGCAGACAUGGCAGCAAUUAGGACAACAUUAAAGGGACAGUUCACCUCAAAAUCAAAAAUAUAUAUUUUUCCUUUUGACUGUAUUGCUAUUAGCCUAAAUAGUUAUGGUGUUAGAGAUAUCAUGACCCGUUAACUCAAGACAAUCCACAGACUCUGUUAUGAGCAGUUUCAUUAAGGGACUAUUAUCUUUUUACCAAAGUAAACCUGGCAUCUGUAUCACUGGGCAGUGAGCUAGCAACACCUUUUAAUUUACACUGUCACUGGAUCUGUUGCUAAAAAAAUGACAUUAAUCAGUGCAGCUUUAAACUCCUGCUUUCAUUAUUAGAACUCUGCUUUUAUUUGAAUAAUUUCACACUUAUUAUACUAGAGGUCUACAGGAUAUUCAAAUGUAAUGUACAUUUAAUGGAUUUUACAUGAUCUAAAUCAAGUUUGUUGGCAUUUGAAAUCACUUAAUGGUAGCCUUUAAUGACAAUAGUUGGAUUUAAUGAUAUAUUAAACCAAAUUUAUACACAUUAUUAUCAGAAACAAACUGUGAGUCAGCAGAUUCAAACUUAGGGCUUUAAAUGAGCAACAGCAUGUUGAGAAAUAUUGCCUGACAUAUUUUCCAAGACACAAAUUAGUCGUAUCUACAGCAAAUACAGCAAAUACAGUAAAUACCAUCUGUUGAACCUUCAAGUAUAAACUGCCCGACUUUACUAGUGACCUUCACUGACUGAUUAGCAGCCCAUUUAUUUUAUUUCCCAGCAGCCACAGUCAGCAGGUUGCCGCUUUAGGUCAAUGAGUCAUGUCGUCUAAACUAAAAAUCAUCCUAAAACAAAACAUGCAAACCUCUCAUUUUCUGUCAUUAUCUACUUAUUGCUGCUUAUAUUCACAAACAUAGUGUACUCCAAACUUGAGAGGUCUGGAUUUGUUUCUAACUUCCUGGGAAAAAUACAUUUAAAACUGCCUAGCAACACAGAUUUUUCCAACAGCUUCUGGAAACUACUUGAACAAACACAGAUAGAUUGAGAUGUGAGUGCCGACAUGCUGAUUAGUUUAUCACAUGUAUGUUAAGUACACAUCAGACUGAAAUGUGUUGACGUGAUGUGGGACUAUAAAGCUCAGAGGUGUGCAGGAGCUCCCUGUCGAAGACCAUUUCUCACGUACGAGAACCAGAAAAGUGUCAUUCAUCACCAUGAAGUCGUCUCUCGUCCUCUGUGCUCUCCUUGCUGUUGGCAUCUCUGUCAGAGCUGCAUCAGUGCCUCCCUCUGUGGAGGCUGUCACUCUCACAACCCAAUUCCCAACCACUCACACAGUGACGGGGCUUUACAAUGACACUACUACUGUUGAAAUGCAAACCACUUCGACAACAUUUCCUUGUUGUGCCACUUCUACAACAACUACAACGACACCAUACAUUAGAACAGAAGCUCCUCUAACACCAAGCCAAAUGUGUCAUGAGGGAUGGGAGGUGUACCAGGGACGCUGCUACUACUUUGUGAAUGAUGCAAUGCUCUGGCCUCAGGCUCUGCUGAACUGCGCCCUGCUUGACUCCACGCUGGUCUCCGUCCACAGCGCUCAGGAACACGGUUUCCUUCAGCAUCUCACCAACAGUAAUGGAAAAUAUUUUGCUUGGCUGGGUGGCUUCUACCUACAGGGCGAGUGGUUAUGGCUUGAUGGUUCCUGGUUCUACAAGAACACUGUGAUUGACGUAACCUGGGAGAGCAGCAACCCAUGCCUAGCGCUAAACAUUGAGGAGGGAUGGACCAAUUCCCCAUGCAACAUGGGUGGCUAUCCCUCCAUCUGUGUGAAGGCCUCCAACGUCACCCCUACCAUGCUGUGUCCUGAGGGUUGGACAGGGUACCAGGGCCGCUGUUACUACUACAACGAUGACAGUCUGACCUGGCAUGAAGCUGAUGCAACCUGUGCUGGUCUUGAGGCCACCCUGGUGUCUGUCCACAGCCCUCAGGAGUACAACUUCCUCUAUCAGCAGACCACUAAUAAUGGAAACUCUCCAACCUGGCUGGGUGGAUUCUACCUUAUGGACCAAUGGAUGUGGCUGGAUGGCUCCUGGUUUUAUCCUGGAUUUUUUGCUGAGACGUCUUUUCCACAAAGUGCCAACCCAUGCCUUUCAACAUUGAACUCUGAGGGUUGGAGCAAUUACGACUGUGAUCAGUCUUUCCCUUCGUUUUGUGUGAAGGACAUGGUUGUGUGAAGAAUUUGAUUGAAACAUGCAGCCUACACAAGACGGACAGAUUAACUAAUUAUUUCAAUCAAGUACACAUUUAAAUGGUAUUCUUACCAAAAUUUAAAAGCACCUGUCUUGUACAAAUUUUCCAAAUAAAUUAUAGAGUC